AUGAAAAAACGUAAAAAUAAUUCAAAAGUACAAGUUUUAGAAAGAUCAUUUAGAAGAAAAGGAAAAAUUAAAACAAUCUACGAAAAACAUGAUGAUUUAGAAUUUAUAAAUAUAAUUGAUAAAAAUAUAAAUUAUAUAUGGAAUUAUAUUAAUAAUAUUGAUGAUAUAGUAAAUGAUGAUGAAUUUUUAAAAGAAGAAAUAAAAGAAAAGAUAGAGAAAAAAAAAAAUGUUAAGCAAAUAGAUGAUUAUGAUGAAAUAAUUUAUUACAAUAAAAAUUUGAGUAAUCAAAUUAACAUACAAAAAAUAAGAAAAGCCUUAUAUCAUUUUAAUAUUAAAGUAAAUAUAGAUGACAUUAUAAAAAUGUUUUUAUAUUAUACCAAUAAUGAUUAUUUUAAAAAAAUUAUUAAAAAUGAUAUAUAUUCAAAUGAUUAUAUUGAAAAAAAAAAGGAUGACAAAAAAUUUAAUUCGUUAAAUAUAAAUAAUUUAUAUAUAAAUUAUGAAAUGUUUAAAUAUAUUUUUUUACACAUUGAUUUAAAUAUUGAGAGUAACGGCAAAAUUUGGUAA